AAGCGUUUUCAUCAGUUUUCUUCACGCCACGAUGACACCAACGCCUGUUACGCUCCACCCUCAAAAGCAGCCCGCUGUGCCGAUCCCAUUUGACGACGUUCUCGAGGAAAUCGGCUUUGGCCGGAUCCAGCUGGAGCUGAUCGUGCUCUGUGGCGUGAUCAUGAUGGCCAUCAUUUGCGAAACCAUGGGCGUCAGCGUGAUCCUGCCGGCUGCCAAGUGUGACCUUGACCUGACCGCCGCCAAACAGGGCCUUCUCGGUGGGGCCACGUUCCUCGGAAUCAUGGCUUCGUCGUACGGCUGGGGCUACCUGUCGGACACGCGUGGUCGGCGCAGGGUCAUGCAGUACGCGCUGUUCGGAACAGCCGUUUGUGCCGUAGCUUCAAGCUUUGCGAAUGAUUUUUGGUCCAUGUUGGUGCUGCGGCUGCUUGCUGGAGUUUGCGCCUCGGCUCCAUCCGCUACUGUCUACGCGUACUUGGGAGAGUUCUGCUCACCGUCAAAGCGUGCCCAGGUCAUUUCGUAUGCUUCCGUGUGGGCUUCCGUUGCUAUGGUGUACAUCGCAUUGCUCGGUUGGUGGAUUCUGCAGUACGACUGGAGCUGGGCGAUCUGCACCGAUUACCAGAUCAGACCGUGGCGCCUACUCUUCGUUAUUUACACUCUGCCCGGAUUUGGCGCUGGGCUGGCGUUCCGCUGGUUUCCGGAGAGUGCCAAGUUUUAUCUAGCUACUGGACGAUCUGAUCGCGCCUUGGAAGUGCUGCGUUACUGUUACCGCAAAAACAGGGGAUCGCUGACAGGCUUUGAGGUGUACGCUCUUCAGGAGGGGCGAGGAUCGUUUGAUGCUUCGUUGGGUAUUUUAAGAUCGCUGUGGCAGCAAACCGUACCGCUGUUGCGUUGGCCAACGGUACUAUACUUUGCCGUGUGCUGCUUCCAACAGAUGAGUGCCUUUGCAGUGUAUGGAGGAUUGGGUCUGUGGUAUCCGGAACUGAUGAACCAGGUGUCAUCCACGGAUCGUGAACUGGCGGUUUGUUCUGUUGUGGAACAUACCCGUUCCACGAACUUGAUCUUAACUCAGGAGAUUUGCACUGCACGUAUCAAUGAUGAGACAUUCAUAUACAUUCUGAUAAUGGGCGUCUUCGGAACGGUCUGCUCCAUAUCUGUUUCGAUUCUACUGGGCAAGUUCAACCCCAAGAUCAUGGUUGUGGUCAACUUCAGCGUUGCUGCCGCCGCUGGAAUAGUUAUGCUGUUCGUCGCCAGUCGCUACCUCAUCGUUGUGUUGUUUUGCCUCGAGGUUAUUCUCGCGGGAUUUUCAAUGGUGCUGAUCAACGGUACCGCUGUAUCGAUCUUCCCCACCCAGGUUCGUGCCAUGGCAGUCUCGUUAAGCAUGAUGAUGGCUCGACUGAGCAGCUUCAUCUUCAGCAGCGUAAUCGGAUACUUCAUGGUAGAUCACUGUGAAGCCACGUUCUACAUGUUCUCCGGUAUAUUAAUCUUCGGAGCGGCACUGACCGUACUCCUGCCUAGAUAACUUAGCCAAGACACAAACCCUACCGCAAUAAAGCAACAAACUAAUCUCAU